AUGACAACUCUUAAAAUCACCAAAAAGCACCACAAACACCUUAACAAUCCUUUUCCAUCCACCCCAAGAUCUUUACCUUCUAUACAAGGAAGGCUAUUCUUCAAUUCCACAACUGUGCCUUUAGACCAAAUCUUCUCUAUUGGGAAUGAUUUUCAGAUUCUAUGGAGCACUAGCAAUGGUGGGUACCUGUCAGUUUCUCAUCAAUCUCAGCCUAGCAGAGCCCUAUGGUCUACCAUACCUGGACAGGCCUUUGUCUCUGCAGCUUUGGCUGAAACAGAGGUGAAAGAGAGCAGGGGAUCCUUUGCUAUUAAAAAUGGGGAUGUUCAUCUACUCUGCGAUCAUCAAACUGUGGAAGAAAUAAGAAUCAUCAAUCCGGAUCAUGAUUACCCAUCUGGGUAUUCCACUCUGGACAGAAAAACAGAUCUCGAAGAUGCUCAUUUUCCUGCUUUGGUAGUAACAGGUUGGAUUUUUAGCAGGAAGAGGAAUAAGGGGGUUCAACAUUCUGGCAUUUACAAAGAUAUCAAAUUGGAGAGAAGGGGAUCCACUUCUGCUAGAUAUUGGGUAAUUUUUGAACAGAAGAACCAGAACCAAAUUGGAUUUCAAGUGAGAAUUGGAAAACCCUACUUUAACUCACACUUAAGAGCCUCUCCACCUUCUUGGGGAAAAUAUUUGCGUGCAAAGAAAAAACUGCGACUCAUUCGAAAACGGAGUCUUGGUUGGUGUAGAUUCUUUACAAGGUUAAAAGGGUUUGUUAAAGUUUCCUCAUCAGAGGACGAAACGGACUUGAAAGUUGCAGAAUUCACAGAAUUCAACAGGGUGUGUAUUACCUAUGCAAGUGAAGCAAAUGAGAGGUUCUAUGGUUUUGGAGAGCAGUUCUCUCAUAUGGACUUCAAAGGCAAAAGGGUCCCCAUAUUUGUUCAAGAACAGGGCAUUGGAAGAGGAGACCAGCCUAUCACUUUUGCAGCUAACUUAGUUAGCUACAGGGCUGGGGGAGACUGGAGUACAACCUAUGCUCCUUCACCAUUCUACAUGACAUCAGAAAUGAGGUCUCUCUACCUUGAAGGCUACGAUUAUUCCGUAUUUGAUAUGACAAGAAAGGACAGAGUUCAGAUACAGAUACAUGGCAAUUCCAUUCAGGGAAGGAUAGUGCAUGGGAGCUCACCUUUGGAGCUUAUUGAACACUUCACAGAAACUAUUGGAAGGCCGCCAGAGCUUCCUGAUUGGAUCAUAUCUGGAGCUGUUGUUGGAAUGCAGGGUGGCACAGAAGCUGUACGUCAUGUUUGGGAAGACCUAAAAGCUUAUAAAGUUCCAAUUUCAGCAUUCUGGUUACAGGAUUGGGUUGGACAAAGGGAGACGAUGAUAGGAUCACAACUAUGGUGGAACUGGGAAGUGGACAGAAAAAGGUACCCAGGAUGGCAACAGCUAAUUAAAGACCUCAGGGCUCAGCAGAUUAAAGUGAUGACAUACUGCAAUCCUUGUCUAGCUCCAACUGAUAAGAAACCAGACAGAAGGAGAAACCUCUUUGAAGAGGCACAGAAAUUGGACAUCUUAGUGAAGGACAAGAAUGGAGAACCAUACAUGAUCCCAAACACAGCUUUUGAUGUGGGAAUGGUGGAUUUAACACAUCCAACUGCUACAAAUUGGUUCAAGCAGGUUUUACAGGACAUGGUGGAUGAUGGUGUUAGAGGAUGGAUGGCUGAUUUUGGUGAAGGCCUACCAGUGGAUGCCUCUUUAUAUUCAGGUGAAGAUCCUAUUUCUGCCCAUAACAGAUAUCCGGAGUUGUGGGCCAAAAUAAACCGAGAGUUUGUAGAAGAAUGGAAAAGUAACCGCUUAGGUCAGGAGAUGGAAGACCUUGAAGAGUCUUUGGUGUUCUUCAUGAGGGCUGGUUUUAGAGAUAGUCCCAAAUGGGGAAUGCUAUUUUGGGAAGGAGAUCAAAUGGUCAGCUGGCAGGCUAAUGAUGGGAUAAAAAGUGCCGUUGUUGGCCUACUGAGCAGUGGACUUUCUGGCUAUGCUUUUAACCACAGUGAUAUUGGAGGCUAUUGUGCAGUAAGCUUACCUAUAAUAAAGUAUCAAAGAAGUGAGGAGUUGCUCCUGCGAUGGAUGGAGCUAAGUGCUUUCACCACCGUCUUCCGAACACAUGAAGGAAACAAACCAUCCUGCAACAGCCAAUUCUACUCAAACAACAGAACUUUAUCACAUUUUGCACGGUGUGCCAAAAUUUAUAGAGCUUGGAAGUUCUACAGAAUGCAACUUGUAAAGGAAGCUGCUCAAAAAGGCUUGCCUGUUUGCAGGCAUCUAUUUCUCCAUUACCCAGAAGAUAAACAUGUACAUAGCUUGAGUUACCAGCAAUUCUUGGUUGGUAGCGAGAUCCUAGUGGUGCCUGUACUCGACAAAGGCAGGAAGAAUGUGAAGGCUUACUUUCCAGUGGGUGAAACAAGUCCUUGGCAACAUAUCUGGUCAGGAAAGCUAUAUGCUCAAGGUUGUGAAGUUUCUGUAGAAGCACCCAUUGGCUGCCCUGCUGUCUUUGUUAGGGCCGGUUCCAAUGUUGGAGAGACCUUUUUAAAGAACCUUAGAAAUGUCGAUAUUCUAUGAAGGGGGGAAAUUCUCAAAGAGGGUUCAGAAAGAAUAUUUAUUUGUUCAUUUUCAUAUUUAUUAUCAAUCAAGGAUGCUUGAAAUAAAGGUUUUGUUGAUGACAAUAUAUCAAUUGAAGACUUUCCUAAUC